UAAAGUAACAGAACUUUUCUCUAAAACAAUAGUAUUGUCAGCCCUAAUAAGCCUUGUUCAAGUUGGCAAGAAAUAUGUGCUGGUGUUUUCUAACACGAUAAAUAAUGUAUUUUUCUCUUCAGAUUUACCUCAAACAUGUCAAAUUCAACAGGACAGCAAAUCAACAUCACAACGCCCGAUAUGUUUCAGGUUUAUCUGGUGAAAGGACUUUAUGGAGCUUUCUCUGUGUCUCCAUCUUUUGUCUUCCUUUACAUCAAUGGCAUCAUGUUGUUCACUCUGAGGAGCAAGUCAGUCUUUAGAGAGACUCCUCGAUACCUCCUGCUGUAUAAUCUGCUCUUUGCUGACACCUUCCAGUUGGCAAUGGGUCAACUGCUCUUGAUCUUGUCUCUACCUCCAGUGUUUGUGACUCACUAUACAUGUGCAAUAAUGGUCUUGAUAACUGUCACAGUGACUGCUGUGUCUCCCUUGAACCUGGCGGUGAUGUCACUGGAGAGGUAUGUGGCUGUGUGCUUCCCACUGAGGCACUCUGCCAUCGUCACCGUCAACAACACAGGUGUGUCUAUUGGUGUGGUGUGGGCUCUCUCCAGCAUCAACCCACUGAUACGGUUAAUUCUUCUGGUUCUGUAUGAGGCAUUUUCUGCGGAUCAGAUAAUGCAGCAAUUCUGUGCUAUGGACGCACUUUUCUACAGUAUAGUCUCACAGGAAUAUGAUAAAGCCUUAACGGCUGUCACUUUUACAUCUGUGGGUAUUGUAAUCUUGUGCUCCUACUUUGGUGUGACAACAGUAGCCAGAUCUGCUUCCUCAGACAAAGCCUCGACCACCAAGGCCCGCAACACAGUUCUCCUCCACAUGAUUCAGCUGCUUCUGUGUCUCUCCACCUCUCUUUCCGGUAUACUAAUGGGAUAUAUAUAUAGACUUGGAACACUGAAUCGAACUGCAAGGUUAGUUGUUGGUUAUAUUUUCUUCAUAUUCAUUGUAACCUUGCCCAGGUGCCUGAGCAGUCUGAUAUAUGGUCUGAGAGACCAAACCAUCAGACUUGUAUUCCUGCAUCACCUCCGGUGUGCUCUCUGGACAGGUGGGCUCAGUUUAGCAACAGAUAAACACUGAGGGCCACAUUACUGAAAUGGAAAUUACAUUUAUCAUGGUCUUUCUGCUUAAUAAAUACAAAUACUUUGUAUGGCAAU